UCUUGUCUCUCUCCCUCCGUCUGAUUCGCUCUCUUUUUCUCUCUUUCCCUUGCAUUUCUCUCUUUCCCUCCCUCCUGUGCACAUCCCUCCCUCUGUGCCUGCCUCUCUCCGUCCCCCCACCACACUAUUGACGGUAUUCUGGACAAGGCCACGUCCCGCACUGACUCACCUUAAAACUGACGACCACAAGAAGCGACUCCUCUCCAUGCGACUUAUCCCAAACCUCACCAAUCUCGACUCAUACUCCAAGGCGGCCAGAUAAACACGUCUCCCUUAAGAGGAUCCGGCGAUUCAAGGUUAGGGAAUCCACACCACUUUACAAGGAAGCUAGAGGGAUUCAACCAACACAAGGACUGACUACCAAAGGAUCCAGUGACUCGGAUUUUCAGUGGAAGCGAAUCUAAGAGGUCCUGGAACCACUAAUUGCCAGUAGGUCUUUGUGAGUCAACCACACAAGUACGCACUUAUCACCAACGGAUCCUGGUGGUUAGACCCUUAAAAGAGGACCACAUAAACACCAAUCCAAGAGGUCCCCAUAGGCAAAACGUUCAGAGGUCCUUGUAAGUAAUCCUUGACGAUAAAGGACUUUGAUAUGGCAACAAGGAACGUGGUAACUCAACGCUUAAUGACUACAGCUGAGAAGAGCCUCCUUUGACCAGCAAGAGGUCCCAACGAGUCAAAGGAUUACAGAAGAUUACAAAGGUUUCAACACCCUUAUUAAGGAUUCACAAGAGUAAUUCAAUGCCAUAUAAAGAGAAUCAAGUACUAUUUUAAAGAGAAUCCAAUAUCAUACCUAAAAUAUAUAGAGAGAAUAUAGAGAGAAUCGAAUACCAUAAUAAGUGGAUCGAGUACUAUAACAAGACGAUCGAAUGUCAUAACUAAAGGAUCGAAUACCAUAACAAGAAGAUCAAAUACCCUAACUGAAGAUCGAAUACCGGAAAAUAGAGGAUCGAAUACCAUAAAAAGAGAAUCCGAUCCCAUACUAAGAAGAUUCCGUACCAUUCCUGGAAAACAUGGUAUCAGGACGGUAGGGAAAGGAAUACACUUGCUCCAUUUCACCGGUGCUCGUGCUUACAGGAGUACAGCGCCCCAGGGUGUCUCGGAACAUCAAAAGCUUUCUGUGUCCUGGCGUGGGGAGUGGGGAGAGGGGAAGCGGAGGCCAAGGGAGCGGUGGAGGCAAAAGAGACAAGAGAGACAAUGGAGAUCAGCCCGGUGUCUUUUCUCCAUGUUGGAACCUCACGACACAAGGUUCCUCCUCCUCCUCCUCCUCCUCCUCCUCCUCCUCCUCCACUGUCUUCCUCCUCUCUCAGUCCCGUCGCCAUUAGAAGCAAUGCAGAUGGACUCUCCUCCUCCGGCGUGGUGGGGGUUAGUGUGGGAGCUGCGGCGCUGGUGGUGGUGCUGGUGGGGGCAGCGUGGGCGUGCUACCGGCGUGGGCGUGUCGGGGCGCACAAGAAGCUGGGUGGAGAGAGACAGAUGACGCUCCGACGCCCUACUGCUGUCAAAAACCCGCAGGCGCAUAGUCACUAUCUGAAGAAGUCUCCUUCGCCCACAGGUGCAAGAACGCCUCCAGGUGGGAAAUCCCCCACGGGUAACAAGAGUCCCCCCGGUGCACCACGUUCCCCUGGCAGUGGGGCGGGACCAGGAGGCGGGGGUCUGUCUCCACCAUGCCCCUCCCCCAGGACCGCUUCCCCAGCUCAUCAUCAGAGUCUGCGUGGGGGCUUAUCGGACAGCGGGAGUGUGAGUUACGUGAACGAGCGAGGGCAGGAUAAGGACAAGCCGAGCACGCCGUCCAAGGAGGAGCUGGAGUUGAACGAGAGGAACCUUGCCAAGGAGAACACCACCUCCCCCUCCACUACCACGACCAACACCGCCGCCACCAAACUGGGCAAGCUGCACUUCAAGCUGAGGUACAACUUCGACAAGAACGCCCUGGUGGUGACGAUCGUGAAGUGUACUGACCUGCCCGCCAAGGACCAGGGACUCACCUCCAGCGACCCCUACGUGAAGCUGCAGCUCCUCCCGGACAAGCAGCACAAGGUGAAGACAAGAGUACUCCGCAAGACCCUCUCUCCAACCUACGACGAGGACUUCACCUUCUACGGGAUUAAUUACUCGCAACUACAGAACAUCACUCUUCACUUCAUCGUGCUGAGCUUCGACCGAUACUCUCGUGACGACAUCAUCGGCGAGGUGGUGGCGCCCCUGUCACAGCUCGACCUAGCCAACACCGAGGCCUCGCUCUCACUCACCAGGGAGAUCAGCCCUCGAGCCCUGAAGGUCCGCUCUCAAGGUCGCGGGGAGCUGCUGGUGUCCCUGUGUCACCAGCCAGCCGCCAACCGCCUCACCGUGGUGGUACUCAAGGCACGCAACCUUCCCAAAAUGGACAUCACGGGCCUUUCAGACCCCUACGUGAAGAUCUACCUGCUGUACAACGGGCAGCGCGUGGCCAAGAAGAAGACCCACGUCAAGAAGCGCACGCUCAAUCCAGUCUUCAACGAGUCCUUCGUGUUUGACUUGCCGGUGGGCGUGGAGGGGCUGGACAGUAUCAGCCUCGAGUUCCUGCUGCUGGACUGGGACCGUGUGACCAAGAACGAGGUGAUCGGACGGUUGGAGCUGGGCGGCACAAGAGCAGCGGCAUGCGGCUCUGCCAGCCACCACUGGAGCGAGGUGGUCACGUCGCCGCGCCGCCAGAUAGCUGAGUGGCACAAGCUGCGGGAGUAAUGGCGACUACCUCCAGGCGACAGCGUGCCACCGCCACGCCCUGCCCCUCUCUGCCCCACGACGCCUUGCCAUGUUCUAAAGGCCCCGCCUCACGUGCCCCCACGAGAGUCAUGUGACAACUUGUCUCAUCCAAUCAGACAAUAAGACAAUAUGCCCGCGGCUCUACCCAUCAGACGGGCAGGCAAGCAAGUGGGCGGAUAGGCCGCUGCCGACGAGUGACCUACACGCAUCCGGCACGCCAGCUACCGGCUUCCCAGGACUCCCUCAGUCUUCAUAUAUAUCCAUGGUUGUCACGUUAAUGUGUGAGUGUAGGGCUCAGUGUCCCGCCUCCCCCACCGUGUACCUCCCUCCUCCAGCGUGCGCAGACCCGUAGACUACGUGAUGUGCUUCAGGAACACCGACGGUGUCGACACAUUCCCUCCGCCCAGCGCAGGCCCUCCCUGCACCACCAGUCGGCCAACUUCGCCUCGAGACGGGGCCCAACACUUCUCUCCCGCAAGCUACUGUAUCUGCUUCGAGGCACCCCAGCUUGCCGACAGUCACUUUCAUUAUCUACAUACCUACUGCUCGGCCUGCACGCGCCGCCCUUAUAGGCAGUGCUUAACACACACACACACACACACACACACACACACACACACACACACACACACACACACACAAGUAACAUUCAAUAAUUUCAUUUGGCCGGUCAUCGCGUGCAGACUAUCACCAGGAACUUCGGAUGGCACCUGUUGGGCCCCACUUCCUCCAAAUGCAGCAGCAGCACCAUCACCCAGUUAUGGAAGACAGCCCCGCGAUCUUACGCCAUUCUCAACAAGGUCAUGGGCAACCAACCAACAUCAAUAUCUUUACAGCUUUCAAAAUUCUGAAGACAAGCUUCUUAUGCGACGAUCUAGUGUGUGUGUGCCAGAUAUGAUCAGCAGUAGUCACCUUCCACCACAAGGGACCGCUGCACUCUGCUACCUUUGGCCUUAUUAUUGCAAUACCACCAUUGAUAUCGCAAACACCUUCACAUGAUCAUAACAAAACGCAAGCAAUAUACAGAACAAAAAUAACAUAACAUAAAAGCAACAACAGGCCAGGACGUGCAGGCCUCACCCAGCUCCUCUCCUCGUGCCCUCCCCAUACUCUUUACUCCUGCUGCUCUUUCUUCCAGCAGCAGGUCCCGCCGAUGGCCCAGCAGCAGUCGCGGCUCGCACGUCAACAAAGCUCCCACCCCGCCAUCUCCAUUCGACCCGGUGCCACGUUGCCACUACCGUGAUCAUCACCACCUUCACCAUCGUGUGAUGCUCUCACCUACAGAAAGGUGACCGCCCGCCCUGCCAAUACCCGCCCCUAACUCACUACCCAAAGAAGCAUAUAACACUGACAGCUACAUGACAACCUACACUUUUUUGCCAUCCACCUUGCCGCACGAUACAACAUCAAGAUAACACCCUCCCACCUCCCAUAGCCACAGACAGAGGCGUUGUUUAAGUCACUGAUGUUCGCACCGAGAAUACCCGCAACCAGAUUUCCAUCGCGGACAUUGAAGCAGCAGCCGUAAGCCCCAGGCACGUAGAGAACAUCCGGUGAUUCAACCAAUAUUAGCUCAUGGAAAAGAUAAGUAAAGAUAAAUGCAAAUAAUGCAAAAAAAAACAGUGAUGAAAAAUUGUCUAGGAACAUUGAUGUGCCGUUUACAGGCAUAACUAAAUUACAUCUUCAUGUUUAUCAGUAUAAAGACACCUGAUCUGAAGUGGCCUCAAGAGCCAAGUCCUCCUGUUGCAUGGUCCCCCUCCCCCCCCCCCGAGCAUAACAUCGGUGCUCAUCCAGGACACGGCAAAUCUUUCAUGACGCCCAUCCAGUGAUGACGUGACGCCUGCCGCUGUCACACCACCUGCUGGUCACUAGUUAUAAACAUUGCCUGUACAGUCACCAACAUUCCCCCACACUCACGACGGGUGGUGAGGCGGCGGCGGGCGAGGCAACAAGCGGAAAUGAAAAUUAUAUAGAUACACCAUGGAUCUUCGCGGCACCCAACACGAGCACACAAACACCGCGCGUCUGUCACUGUGUGCUCUCCUUCCUAGAGAGCCAAGCUGCUACUGGCGCGUCGGUUGGUGUUCGAUUCUUAACAAGUGAACAGAGUAUUUAGAUAUAUUUUGAAGAAGCUAUAUAUGUAUGUGUAUACUUGAGAUUUGUGACUCUAAUAUGAUCAGCGACAGAGUAUAUUUCCUGGCUUUAGAAGCGUCAUAUAUCACUACGUCAUUAUUCACAACAGCAUUCGAAUGUGUUUUAGGUUGUGCCAUCCAAAUGUUAUGAACCUUAUUUGAGAAAGUUCCUCAUAAAUUAUUAACCUUUUGCUAGUUUUUUAAUGACUUUUCGUCAUUGACCUAUACGCAACAAUAUUUUUACAUUGCAAUCGAAUGCUGUUUACCUGUCCCUGAGCUCCCCCAGAGUCAGCUGAUGAGGGGGAAGCGCCCCUCACAUCGCAUUUUGUACCACAAUCUGCAUUUUCAUAUCGGUCAUGCUUAGAUGAACACUAAAAGCGAUUCAAAUAUGGACAGUGUGUAAGGGCUGAGUAUUUAGAAAGGUAUUACUUAUAUGAAUUCCAUAUAGUAGUUAAAAAUGUUGUCCCUCUCAGACCAAGGACCAAAUGUCAUUGAGGAAGCGUUCAGUUUAUUAAGUAGAUACGAAGCAUUUGUUUUGUAGCAACACUGAAAAGGACAUAUGUACACUCCAAACACCUCUCCCUGCCUCGGCCACACCCUGCCUCAGUGCAUCACAUUGAUUGGCUGGGACAGCGCCAGGCCUGCUACCGUUUUGGUGCCACACACAUUAACCAGCCCCGUCUUGCGACAAACCUGCCACCACUGUGGGGCAAGCCUCGCGCCACCACCGAUUCUUAACAUCUAUAAAAAGGCUUGGUGUUGCUGGAAGCAGGACAAGCCGAGCCUGGAGCCGAGCAGCAACAGGGGCAGGGGUGGCAGUGGCUGAGGGAAGAUGGUGUGCUGAAGGAUAGCAAACUAUCGCCAUGAUACUAAUGGCUUUUAGAGCUGUAAAUAAUGGAAAUCUGUUUAU